AUGCACUCAUUGUCAAGGAUUCUUCUUCAUCGCAGUAACAGUGUGCUCAAUUCGCCUACUUUUCUUGUUGCUGUUAGACAAACAUCAGCCGGUCCACCUCCAGCCACUCCAGCUAAAGAAGGAUCCUUGACCUACAAGUAUGAACAAUUUAUUGGAAAAUGGCCUAAAGUGUUGGCACUUCACAGGACUGUUCUUGAAGGCUCUCGAUGGUGCUUUGCCGAUGUGAAAAUGUAUUUCAAGACGAAACGAGCUGUGGCUACCGGUCAGAAGAAGCUCACAGAUCUCAGCGUUGAGGAAUUGGAGACACUUGUUCAGAGUGGAAGCGAAUUGAUCAAAAUGCUCACACUCAUUGUGAUUCUACAAAUUCCUGGUCCUGGCGACAUUCUAAUUCUUAUGUUAAUCUUCUUUCCUCGCCUCGUGCUUACUCGUCAUUUUUGGUCUGACCAGCAGCGACGAGAAUAUUUCCAAUUGGAAGUGACCAAAGCUCUGAUCAGUGGAGAGCAACUGCUUAAAACAUAUGGAAAUCCUUCGUCGACUGAUGAGAACAAAAUGAAGCCUCUCGAUAAGCUUGAUAGUAGUGAAAUGCUUCUCGUACAUAAUAUGCAAUCAAUGUAUCCAAUUCCUGGAUCGAGCAAACGAAUCAUGAAUCGAAUGAAAGCUUUAAGAGCUCUCGAUAAUCUAUUGCCAACUACAAUUGACGGAUUCAACGAAAGACAACUUAUUUUUAACUGCUACAUUCGUAAGAUUGAUAUUGGAAAGAAAAACGACUCGGAAAUGCGAGAUUCAUUGCGGCAGUAUGUCAAAUUCACGUCCCGAAUGCCCAACAACGUCUAUCUCUACGCAUCUCCAUUGUUCAAACAAAAGUAGAAUAUUAUGAGCUCUCACCAUUGGAAUUUUCUUAUUUAUACCACAAAGCCUAUUCAUUUUUUAUAAUCAAAUAAGAGAAAUUGUAAUUGGCUUGUAUUUAGGUCUCGUUUCAUGGAAAUUAUCAAGAUUUAGUAUUUAGAUACUGUAGUUUCUUUUUUUGUUAAGUCAUUUAUUAUACAAUACGGGACAUAUUUCUGAUACCCAUUUCUUCUCCCUUUUUCAGAUUUUUCUUUGUACUUGUUUUGGUUUUUUAUUUAUUGCAGUCCUGUUAACAAUGAAUUUUUGAAAAGUUUUU